AUGGCUCCGAAGAUCGUCCGUGACCUCUUCUUCGCGACUCGUUCGCAGUGCCGCUGCAUGAUCCAGCCUCCCCAGAAGCUGGUUCGCUACCCUCUUCCCACUGCGCCUCUCGUCAACGGCACCCACGCUUCUGGUGGACUCGGCACUCGUGUCUGCACGUCUCGCUGCAAGCAGGCUCCGACCUCCCACGUUCAGUACGACGACAAGCAGAAGGCACUCGCUUCGAUUCCCGAGAUGUCGUACAUCAGCCCCCUCCCGCCCACGGGACCGCCUACGACCGCUCGCAUCUGGCCCAUCCUGCCUCUGUUCACGAUGUGA